AUGGGUGGCCUGCUAUCAGGCCCGUCGACACAGAAAGAGUCCGGAGAUGGCAGGUCGUUCCAGAAUGGACUGGAAUGGGGAUUCAGCGCCAUGCAGGGUUGGCGUGACCGAAUGGAGGAUGCGCACUUGGCCAUCAGCUCACUGGGCUCCGCUGCAGUGUCGAGCAGUGCCCGGUGGAGAGACUCCUCGUUGUUUGCGGUCAUGGACGGCCAUGGGGGCGAACAGGUUGCCCAGUUCUGCCGGUGUCACUUCCCUGAAGAGCUGGUGCUGCAGAACAGCCAGGAUUGCAGCGAUGCGCUUAUGCGGGCCUUCCACCGCAUGGACACCAUGUUGAUGGACCCCCACUCCCUGGACGAGCUGCAGAGCCUGGGUCGAAGCGUAGCUUUCAAGUCUUGGGCCAACCCCGAAAUCAUGGGCUGCACUAUGGUGGCAGCUGUGGUGCGGCCUGAUGCUAUCUUCGUGGCAAACGCUGGAGAUAGUCGAGCUGUACUCUGCAGACGAGGAAAGGCAAUAGACAUGUCAGAGGACCACAAGCCAAACAGUCCCGCGGAGUUGUCGAGGGUGCUGCGGGCUGGGGGCACGGUGAUGCAGCAACACGUGGGCAACCACGUGCACUACAGAAUCAAUGGUAAUCUCAAUCUCUCCCGCUCCAUCGGCGAUUUACUGUACAAGCAGAACGCCUCCCUGUCUGCAGAGGAGCAAGUUAUCACUUGCCAUCCAGAUGUCCGAUGCUUCAACCGCCAGGCGGAUGACGAGUUUAUGAUCCUGGCCUGCGACGGUGUGUGGGACGUCCUCAGCAGCCAGGAGGCAGUGGACUUUGUCCGCAUGCGCUUGGGCAGCUUCGCCGACCUUGCCUUCCGUUUGCAGGAGGGGCGAUUGCGUCUGUCUGCCAUUCUCGAGGAGAUGCUGGAUGCGUGUAUCUCCCCCGACCUGGCACAGACGAUGGGCAUUGGAGGCGACAAUAUGACGGCUCUGCUGGUGGUCUUUUCCGACGGAGGGCGCCAGGCCAACUGGCUUGAAAGCACCUCUGUGUUGCCGACUCAGUCAUGGAUGUGUCCAUACCGGUGA